UUGAGGAGUGAGGGUGUGUCUCUCGUUAAUCUUGGGAAGUUUUGUGCGUUCCCUAUUUUGGAAAGGCAGUUGUUGUUUUGCCGGCUCUUAUAUAAAUGAGAUGAGAACCAAACACAUAUAUGUGAUUCCUUUAAUAUAAAUUGGAGCAACACGCUGGUGAUAUACAAACAUUUAUUAAUCAGGUUGUGAUGGCAGCCGUGUCGGCCAGAAGGUGACUGCGCAGCCAUGCAUCUCGCCGCCAUGUUGCUCCUGGUGGGCGUGCUGCUGGUGACCUCGUCCAGGGCGCAGGUGGGACUGCGCACGGCACCGCUCACCGCACCCAGGGCACGCGACAACACCAGCACCAACAGCAGCAGUCUGGGGCUCUUCUCCUCCAAGUGGUCAGGAAUGGAGCUACGCCACAAGACCAACAACACCAGCAGCAUCGAGAGCUCCCUGGCGGCCAUCUUCCGCGGUGUGGCCUACGGUGUCUCCACCAGCCACCCCUCCACCACCACCACCACCUCCACCCAUCGCCCCACCCCCAGCUACAAACUACCCCAGGACUUUCCCCCAAGGGAUGACUAUGGGUAUAGGGCUUCAGGACCGCCUGUCUGGUCAUCCCAGCCUGGCCUGGAGCUGGAGGUGCAGCAGAAGGCGGUGACGGACCAGCGGGGCGUCAAGCGCAUGGGUAACCGGCCGGUUCAGACGCCGUACAUAGAGGCGCCUGUGAACACUGCGCCGGAUGCCACCAGAGACCAAAUGGUGAACCUGGACCGACCGCAGGAAGUAGAGGUGGUUCGAGCAGACGUGGGUGUUGGCCUGAGCAAGGUGGCAUGGGUGCGGGCCUUGGGGACGGUGUGGGUCGUGCAUGUGUACUGUGCAGCUGGCCUGUACAGCCUGCUGGCACUGCUGGCACUGUUCUGGCUGGCGCGUGUGCAUGCGGCAGCGCACCUCCUGCCCCGAGGAUACUACAUCACCCUCCACCUCCUGAUGUUCCUUGCUGCCUUUCUGCGCUGUGUCCACCUCUUCCACGACCCCUACGGCGCUGAGCGUCGCCUGCCCGUUGCACUCUCUGCCGUCGUGGAGGAAACCGGAUGGCCCUGUCUCACUGCAGCACUGGCAGUAGUGGUCCUGGCUAUAGUGAGGGCAUGGCGCUGCCCACGACUACUGCCCAGGAAGCCCCACGCACCAUUAGCCCUUGCCCUCCUAACUGCUGCUCAUCUCUUGGCAUCGAUUGCUGCUCAUUUGACCUCAGCAUUGCUGCCCGAGCACGCUGCCCCACUGAGGGCUGCUGCUAGGGCUGUCACUGCAGCCUGGGGCGGCGCUGUGGGCAUUGGUGGCUUCCUCUCUGUGUGGCGGGUCGGGCGUGGAGCCGGCCGCCAUCCAGGGCUGCUCCUGGUCCGGUUGAGUCGAGCGCCACUGGAAGGAACUCUGCCUCCUCGUCACCCGCGGCUCGCCCUUCUGCGUGGCUCCCACCUGACUAUUGUGGCCUCCCUACUGCAGGUGCUGGUGGCCGGUCUCCACAUGUAUGCCCUGGUAGGUCCUCACUACAUCUUCGAGCUCCCACCAGCAUAUCCCUGGCACUGGCUGGCCUAUCAGAGCACCUGUCGCCUUCUGGAGGUGCUCAUGUGGGUGCUGUUGGGUGUGGCCUCGACUCUUACUCUGGGGGGAUCUUCGGGGAAGCGGCAGAACCACAAGGGGGAGAAGAGAAUCCUUGCGGUGUUCUCCUGUAGGCGGUGUGGUAGUUGCUCCAGCAUCACAACUCAAGACAAGGUUGAUGAAGUUUUCCCUGCUGUCUGCCAGACUAACCAAGCCGUGAGGAACUUCACACUGCAGUCCUGUGGGAAGGUUGUUUACCAGGAGGCACUGACACAGGAGCCUCUUGCCCGGCGGGCCAACACAGUCCGGGUCUCUCACAAACGACCAUCAAUACGCAAAUCUGCCACUCUCCACUCUGGCACCUCUGACAUCCAUCUCCUGUGGAACCACGGCAACACCCUCGGCGCCCUUCCCCCGGAUUCUGCCUCUAGGCCUUCCUCCAUGCUCUUCAACGAUGCUGGCUUCGUCAGAUUCAGGAUGCAAGUCGACCCUCAGCAAGGCAUGGACGAGGUCCUCCGAAAGUCCCUACAGAACCUGGAAAUUCAAGCAGACGCUGCAGAUUCGAAGCUCCUGCAGCAGGUUCCCAAGGACGACCCACCUUCGUAUGACCAGAGCCUCUAUGCCAACACCCCUCAGCCCGAGGAAAAGUCUCCAUCUGCGAAGUCCAAGAGUUCCCCGAGAUAUGAAGACCCAUAUGACAGCAACCAGUUUGGGCACCUCUUGCAGAACCGCAUCAACUCUGAGCUGUACUGUGGGCUGGGAGACAGCAGACACUGCAGGAGCGAUGCAGCGAGUGUCACGGACUACAGCUCUACGGAUGCCCUCUCUCCCGCACCUACAGCUGACAAUGACUGGUCCAAGUAUGCCAGUACUUGUUCCUCCAUCAGUGCCGCCAAUAGCUUUGACGUCCGCAUGUACGAUGACUUUGAAGUUGCUCCUUAUUACCAGUCGUCAUCCACCGCUUCCUCGCAUGUGUACGCUUCUCUACACCGACCGGUUGCACGUGCACGUCUGGCCCGCCAACGAGCUGUGUAUGUUGAGGGGGAGCCUGCUGUACAUGGCUACGAAGGCCGGCAGGCAGUGGAGCAGCUGACGGCGCUGCUUGCACCCCGCACUUCAUCUACCUCACCUCAGUCUGACAUUCAUGUCGACUACCUGACAGACAUCUCCCACGACCGUCACACGCGUGGCUCAGACUCUGAUCUGUGCUCCACUGGCAGCCGGCACACUCGCCACAGUCGGAAACAUGACAGUGAUGAGCGGCCAUCUCCAGGGGCCUGGCGACAACCACACUCCCGUCGUCUCAACCUUCACGACAUUACUCCAGACUCGGCAGUAGUGGUGGAUUACGCAGGCCACACUGAUGAGGCCUCUGGAGAUGAUGGCGAGGUGCUUCACCGUCUGGGCCAGCCGCUGCCUCCCAGGCCAUGUCUCCUCACUAAAAUUGUUAAGAACAACUUUUCCCUGAACUGCAGUGGCUACACGCCUUUAGGCAGUGAAGAUGUCUUCAGCCUUCCACUUCACCACCAGCAGAUACUGUUGAAGCAGGUACAGCAGCAGAAUCUUCAGCAGCGGAGUCUAGCUGAAGAGAAGUGUGAAAGGUUACGACCGUGUGGGCACCGUCCCAGAAAGGUUCCUAGAGAAGACCCCAAAGUCACUAGUCCGGUUAAACUUCCUAUCCACCACCGUAAACUUUCGCCAAAUGAACCUCUGCAGAAGCCUACGCCCAGCCAGGAGGAUGAGCAACACAGCCUCGACCCAGACUCUCUUGGAGUGACAGAUGGUACAACGCAAACGGAACCUCGGGUGUGGCCUGGCGUGUCACCCUCCUCGUCCCGCCCUGCCUCCUCCCUCGCCUCACACUCUGAUCUUCCUUCUGAAUGUGUAGACUCUGAGGACGAUGCCACCUACGGUAACAACCACGAGAACCCUAGCGAUCGUGGGGCCACGCCAGACUUGCCAACCAUCGACAAAUGGCCAUCCCCGACCCGUCUGCAGGCAGCCGUGUGACCUCGGGUGACCCAUGGAGCCAACUAUUCCAGCAACCUUGCUCACAGACGCAGACGAAGCUGCAGUUUACCAGUCACAGACGCAGACUACAGGACCAUCAACAAGACUCGACACCGGCAAUAGUGAGCUCCUUAAAAAGAGCCGGAUAUUAAUGAUGGUGCUCCUUAAGUGUGUGUUGUGUGCUGGAUGACUGUGCCGGGCAUGACGGGGCCACCUCAGCCGUGCGGGUACCCACGGCCCCAUGACAACACACCCACUGCUCAGUGACCAUGUGAUAGUGUUGUCAAGUUUUAACACUCAAUGCCCCACACAAAGGCUCAAAGGCUUUGCACUUUUUUAUACACAGGAAGUAAUUUUACCCUUAUAAUUGGGACACGAAUGAGCAUUUUUCUUCCAAGUGUCUCUUGUCAUCUGUCAAUGUAAAUAGUGUGUAUAGUGACCUAAUGAGAUAAAGGUAGCAAAUGCAUAAUUGUGUGCAAGUGAUUAAGCAUUGCCAAGGGCGAGUGUGUAACUUAAUUGUGUGUUGUCUCCUAUGGUAGAUAAACACUCAAAUUAGCCAUAAGUCUGUUACAAGGGUGAUUGAUUUAGCUAAUCAGUCAAGUACAAGCCCUAUUUGUGAUAUUACAACCAUACGAAGAGGGUCGGGAGACUCUCCUGUCUUAAGACGCUUGUGUGCUUCUUGUAUUAACUUAAACAUGCAUGUAUCAUACCUAUUAUUUCUAAUAUGAAUUUCUACUAAGAAAGCUUGACACAUUAACCUUUAUUAUAUUUAAGAAACAAGACAGCAUUAUUUCAGUUAAUUUAUACUAAAAAAUAAAGUACUGUUUAAAUAAAAAAAAGUGUUUUGAUGUAACAACUGCGGCUGCAAACUCCUCUCAGGCACCGACAGCUCGCUGGAACACACACUGCUACAGCACACGUUGCUGCUCUCAAUAUGUUGUACAGGGGAACCACAGGUGUGUUGUGGGUGUACCACAGGUGUCUUGCGCAGGUGUAUCACAGGUAUAUUGUGCAAGUGUACCACAGGUGUGUCGUGCAGGUGUACCAUAGGUGUGUUGUGGGUGUACCACAGGUGUAUCACAGGUGUCUUGUGCAGAUGUGCCACAGGUGUCUUGUGAAGGUGUGCCACAAGUAUGUCAUGCAGGUGUGGCACAGGUGUCUUGUGCAGGUGUACCAUAAGUAUGUCGUGCAAGUAUGCCACAGGUGUCUUGUGAAGGUGUGCCGCAAGUAUGUCAUGCAGGUGUGACAGGUGUCUUGUGCAGGUGUACCACAGGUGUGUCGUGCAGGUGUGUUGUGCAGGUGUACCACAGGUGUGUUGUGCAGGUGUACCA